AUGCAGUCACCGCUAAACCCUUUUUGCUUCCACAUGCAAGUUUGUGAAGCUCCGUCUCUUUAUUAUAAACGUACGAGUAAUGCCUGUCUGCUGCUUUUCCCGUGCCCAAGUGUAUUUUUUGCCUCACUGUGUGAAUGUGUGUUUGUUGCAAAGCUACUCAUCCUAUGUGGUGACGUUGAACUUAAUCCGGGACCCGAAACUGACAAGCAGUACAAAGAACUUUUUGCAGCCAUUUCUGCCCUUUCAGAAAAAAUAGAUUCACGACACAUAGAGGUAAUGACUGACAUACCUGCAGCUGUAGCUGAAGCCGUUAAAAAGGAAAAUGCCUCUCUGCUGACGCGUCUCGAUGAUCUAGAAGACCGCUCCCGCCGUGAUAACUUAAUAUUUUAUGGUAUUUCUGACAAUCCGUCAGAAACAUGCGCGCAGUCCGAAAAAUUGGUAUGUGAACUUUUAUCUCAUCAUCUUCAGUUUCAGGUCCCCGAGAAUAUGGUAUGUAGAGCCCACCGACUUGGCUCGUACACUGCUAAUAAGACUCGCCCGAUUAUCAUGAAAUUUUCUUGCUCAAAACUAAAGGAUAAAAUUCUGGCACUAAAAUCUAAUCUGAAAUCCACCGGGGUAUCUGUGGGCGGAGAUUUUUGCCGAGCAACGCGCCACUCUAGAAAAAAGUUACUAGAAUUUGCUAAGGCAUCAGGCCAACCAUACUCAUUGCGGCUAAACAAGCUAUUUUUGAACAAGAAAUGUUACGUUUACUGUUCUACCACUGACAAUGUAUGCGAAAUCGACAUGCCACGUGCAGCACGCUUUUCAGUUCGGUCGCGUCAAACUAUCGAAGGUAUUAUUACAACAUAA